ACGCAGCCGCAGAGCUCAUUUAACCUGCAGCAUCUGAACCGUCCGCUUCAGAAACCAGCAGAGGAACAAAGAGGAGAAACAACAGAAACAAACAGGCUCAAACAUGAUGGAGAAGUCAAACAGCCAAUACGACUCCUUCCUCUUCUGGAGGCAGCCAAUCCCGGCCCUGGAUCUGUCAGAGCUGGAGGACCUGGGUUUGAUUGACACUCAGACAGCCAAUAGCAGCAAAGGAAAAGACAAGAUGUUCAAACUGAGGAGUCAAGAUGAAGAGGAGGAGCUGUCUGAGUUCUCCUCCUUUAACUACUGGAGAGCUCCCAUCGUUGACGUGGACGCUCUGCUGGCCGACCUCAACCUGCUGCUCUGAAACACACACCGUCACCUGACCUCUGACCCCAGAUCAGCCUCACCUGUCUGUCCCGACCUCUCACCUUCUUACUCUAAACAAACAUGAAAAACUGAACAUUGAGGUGUUUUUGUUUCUGCAUGUCACAUGACCUCAGGCUGAUUUUAAACUGGUUUUCAAAUCUCUAAUCUGAGUUUCCACUGGAAGAAGAAACUAAAUCUGAUCUGAGUGAAGAUUUAAACUGAUGAGAUUGUCUGGAAACCUUUCAGUGUUUUAACAUGUUGUCUUGUAUGUAAAUCAAGUGGACAAAACGUCCCAAAAUGUCACUUUAUAAAUUAAGUUUUGAUCAGAAAUGUUUCCAUUAACUGAGUUUUAAUUUGUGAAGAAAUGUUUCUUCUGUUUUCCAUCUGUGCCUUUUUUCUUUCUUUUGUCCUGAGCUGCUUUUUGUUAACGUUGAUCCUGUUUUAAUUUAUUUCUCUGCUGCUGAGUUGAGUUUCACUGAGCGGGCCUCAAACUGAAGCCACCGGAAGACAACAGUUCAUCUCAUCCUGUCAGAAUGUGCUGAACACUCGUCAAUAAAAGACAAAAAUCUC